AUGUCUGCUGCCGGCCUUCAUAGUUCCCGGAGCCGUGCUGGUUCAAGCACCGCCACCCAUGAGAAAGGAAGGGCCGCCCACAUGCACGGCUACGCCAUGGCGACGCCAAACAACACCCUUAAUGCCACACGCUACUUCGACCCGUGCGCCGCCACGGCGUCCAUGUUCCUCUAUGCCCAGGGGACCUCGGUAGUGUGCUGCCACUACGACACGCUAGCGAUAGAGAGCGACAUUGGAGCAGGAAGAUUAGUGGUCAGCUACGACGUGGGGCAGACGGCCAUUGUGUGGGAUCUCUUGACAGGAGACGAGGUCGCCAGGUUUGCGUCGUAUGAGAAUCUCACAUGUGCAUCUUGGAUGCGAAACGGGAAUGUCGCCUUUGGCAACUCGCAAGGCAAUGUGAUAUUAUUCGAGCCCACAACGUCAGAGCACCUCUCCGCGAGGACGAUUGAUCAGAUCGCCAUCACGGCCAUCUCACCAGCAGCCGACUGCAGGACGUUCGCCAUUGGCUACCAAAACGGGUCGCUCUUGAUCGCGACUCUUCAGCCAAGGUUCACAAUCCUCCACAACCUCACAACAUCAAGGGGGCCAUCCCCGAUCGUGACCCUAUCAUGGCAUGCCUCAUCCUCUCGGUCAAAAUCGGACAUGCUGUCCGUGCAGACGAACGAUGGCGACCUCCGUGUUUGGAGCGUGUCCAAGGCUUACAACGCCGAUGACCCGGCCAAGAUCGUCCGUAUUUUGAAGAGGACGGAAAACUACCUGACGGGUCCCAACUGGAUGGGCUGGUCCAAGAACGGCCGGAUUAUUCAACACUCAGAAGCUGAAACGAUCUCAUGGGACGUGCGGACCAAGCACGUAACCUACGAUACGAUCCCGACUCUCGAGACCAUCCGCGGCCUGGCUGUCUACGGCCCUUCCGGCACGCUUUUUACACUUGGAGCUAACAACACGGUCCAGCAAUUUGACCUCAACGCGCCAGCCAUGUUGGUCCAGAACGUACAACACCCUGCAAAUCUGCUCCCACCAUCACCCCCUAUUUCGCUCGAGGCGGAGGAAAAGAGCCAACCCGGUAAUGUAUCCGAGUCGGAAUCCCAGGUACAAAUUACAUUCCGCCCAACCGAUAUGUCCGAUCAAGAAGAGGAUGGGAGGUCGCCUUUAGCCCGGUAUCUGCAAAGCGAGUCGGACACCGAACAAUAUCGUCCUACCACCCCGGCUUCGAACAUCUCCCGGUCAACCGUCUCAAUUUCAUCAUCCACAUCCCAAACGGCGGCCCGGCGGUAUCCAGCUUCCACCGUGUCGCGGGGUAUGACAGAGAACACUUACAUCUCGGCCGGCUCGUCGCUUCGUUCGGGCGUCACCCAGCCCCGUGAAAGGAGAGAAAGGGAAUCAAUGUCGACAACUAGCUCGAUUUCGAUGGGGAGCUCGCACUACCGCCCCGCCCGCAAGCCAUCAAGACUACGCAACGAGGUGCCACGCAGCCCUGAAGAGUCACGGGUCGUCGAUUUGUUCAAGUUCACCAAGAGCCGUCUCGCAGAUGUGCCAUAUAAGGCGCCAUUCACCAGCGACCACAGCCGCCUGACAAACGAUGACCUGCGGCGGCAGAUGCUUAGUACCAUUUUUGGAUGGCACAAGGACAUUGACGAAUUGGUCCGGGACGAGAUGUCCCGUCACCCUCUUGGCUCGACGAACCGCAUUCUGCUGGCGAAGUGGCUGGGCGAUAUCAACACCGACAUCAUGGCGAUGGGGUCCGAGAACAUGACCUCGUCAGACUGGAUGCUUCUGGCACUGAGCGGCAUUGGUGGACAGGCAUCCCAGCACAAGCUGGGUCGUGCUUAUGUGCAGCGGUUGCUCGAGAGCGGGGAUGUCCACGCUGCUGCGACAAUCAUGGUUGGCAUGGGCGACCACAACGAUGCGGUCGAGAUCUACGUUUCGCAUAAGAGGUACAUGGAGGCUCUCGUCCUCACAUGUCUCUUCUUCCCGGCAGCAUGGGAGCGGCAGGAACAGAUUGUCAAGAAAUGGGGCGAGUGGGCGGUGCAACACGGCCAACAGCAACUGGCUAUCCGUUGCUUUGCUUGCACUGGCCGCGAAUCGACCGAGCCUUGGUCCUCCCCAUCCGCCCAGCAGCUCACUUUCCCCAGCAUCACGCAAACGGUUCCCGAGCUGCUCAGCCCUCCGCUCUCGCCUCCGGUUAUGAACCACGGGCCGCAGAGGAGUAUCGCAAAGAAUUCGGCGCUGAAACUGAUCACUUCUUUCGACCCGCACGCGAAAAACAGGCUACUCGCAAACAUCGACGACGGCAAGACUCCCAUCGCCGCUGCAGCGACGCCCAUCAUGGAAACGGCGCUCUCUCCCGGCGGCGCUGACCCCGCGACUGCCAUAUUGCGAGGAAAUCAGAGCCAGUUCAACACCCCGGCAUCUGCUCGCCCUGUGCAAGGAUUUGGCCGCCAACGCUUGCCUUCGAUCGGUGAAGCCCCUGACUCGGCCCAGCGCGAUCUGCUGACUGCCAUAACGCGGCAGGAGGGAGACCCUUAUGCCAACGCGUUCCAGUCGAUGGAAGUUCAGGAUACCGCCAUCAGAAAGCUCGAGCUCACGAGACCGAAUACUGCUAGCCCAAGAUUGAUGAAGAACACGGGUAAGGGGCACCCGCCCCCGUCACCGUCCCCCGCGGCCGUUGCUGCCUUGAUGGAGGGCGGAAAGUACAGGAGGAAUGGCUCCCGCAGCCGCAUUCCCGAAGGUCUUGAUUUGUCCUUGCCCUCCUUCAGGGACUCUCUGCCGGACGACGUCGCUUCACCCGAACCAUCGGCGAAUUCCUCUGUCCGUUACCACUGGCCGUCGAGGCGGAGAGGCCCUGGGUCUGUUGCCAGCUCUGUGAGCGUCGCCUCGGCAACGUCAAGCGUUGCAAGGAGCCAGCGUGGAUACCAUGGCAACCAGGGCAAGGGCCUAGACAACUAUGACCACAACGUAGACGUCGUGCCGAUCAAGAAGCAAGCUCGUGAGAGCAGCCGCGAUGGCCGCAAUGGCCGAGGUACCAGCCGGUCACGCAAGGACGACCGUGGAAAGUCUCACGACCGCGGGCGGGCUGCGUCCCGGAGCUACACCCCCAAGGGCGGCAAGCGCUCACCGAAAUCGCCAGUGCCCAUGUCGCCCGAGGAUCUGAUCAACUUGGCGACGCCGAGGGAGGACUUCGACCAGAUGAGCCACGGCGGCGGUAAAGAAAUGCUGAUUGAUAUUUCCAACGACGAAAUGGAAAUGGAACCACCGAGCCAGCCGAGCACGGUAAGGAAAGUCGGAUACGCCAACCGAGACGGCUCCCGGGUGAGGGCUUCGAGCCGCACCGCCAGCCGGAACGGCCGCAGCUUGAGCCGCGCGCGCAGCCCCGACAAGCGCCAUGUCCCGCCAGCACUGGACCUCCGUGGUCGCUCCGUAUCCCGUGGCCCGCCGUCGAACAGGUCGCCAUCCUCGCCGCAGCCCAUGUCGGCGAAUCUGCAGCAGCAUUACUACGGGUCGGAUGAUGAGGAGGACUACAGGAAGGCGCUCGAGGACCAGGAGAGGUUCCGCCUCAGAAACAACCGGAGCACGAGCAGGGUCAGGGGAGAGGUUCCUGCCUCGCCCAUGUCGGUUCGAUCGACCGCAUGGUCCACCCGCGAGGCACCCAGGGAGAAGGAGAAGUCGGAUCUUCGGCGGAACACAUCACACGCCGGAACGGAGACCUCUUCGCGCCGCAAGAUUCCUGCUCCGUUGCAGACCCCGGCGCCUAUGCAGCUUGUUACUGACAGCUCGGGCGAUCUGAGGGUCAUCAAGGAUGAGAGACAGCUGAAGAAGGAGGCGGCCGCCCGUGAGCUCGAGGCGCGCCGCAAGUCCCUCGCAACGAGACCCUCGGCGCCGCCGAUCAUGCAUCCUGACGAGAUCACCCCCGCCCCGCUCACAGGUACGCCGCUGCCGUCGCUUAUGGAGCUUCCGAGCACGACGUAUGUGCCGCCGAAGAAGGAGGACCUCCCAUUCCGCAGCGCGAGCGUGGACCCCAGCGCCGGGAGGAGCAUGUAUGCGAACCGAAACAGGCCGGCCAUUGGGCUUCCGGCAACGCCUAGGGCGAUGCGGCUGGUCAUGGACUCGGAGUCGAGCGCCAGGAACAACGUCCCCGUCCCCCCGAUUCCGGCCACCUUCGCGCAAGCCUCGCCUGCCAUGCCGCCACAACCGCAGCAGGAAUCGCCAAGCAGGCGUUCCCCGGAUCGUGUGGAAGAGAAGCGGGAGGAGAAAAAGGCCGACGACAUCCCUCUGCUACUCUCGUCGUCUGUGUACACGCCGCCUCCGCCAGCCCAUUCCAGGAUCGCAGCCCAGAUCGGCAGGUCCAUGUCUGCUCCCCCCCAAGACCUGGUUCAACCGCAGGGCCAUUCCAGGCGGCCCUCGGCCGUGAACUCGAUGUCCAUGGGGCGGAGGCCAUCCCAUGAUGCCAACGCUUUCCCCACCCGGAGGCCAUCUCACGACGCCAAUGCAUUCCCGGCCCGCAGGCCGUCGCAUGAUGCCAACAUCCCACCCCCGCCUCCGCCGCCGGUCCCGCCCAUGCUCAAGGAGCUGCAGCACCUCGCCCAGCCGCCCCCGCCCCCGCCGGCUCCCCUCCCUCACGCCGGCGGCGCCAACCCGGUCGUCUACGGCGGCAGCUCGGGCAUGAUCGAGAUCGUCAUGGACGACGAUCAGCAGCAAUCCCAGCAGCAGCCGCAGCAACUCCAACAACAGCUCCAACAACAAUUAUACCCGCAACAAUACCAACCCCAGCAGCAACAGCAACAGCAGCACCAGCAACCCCCUCCACCGCCGCCGCCGCCCAUCCCGUCGGCGAUCCCGGUCAGCGAGGCCACGGUGCCCAUCAUCUCGACGCCCAACCCGCGCAACGGGCACAACCGCGGCCGCAGCAGCGUCGACAACAGCAUCGCGGGGCGCAUCUCGCGCGCGACGGAGCGCAUGCGCUCGGCCAGCCGCAGCCGGGGCACGCCGUCGAUCAAGUCGCCCGAGUUGGUGGGCGGGGCGCCGUACGAGAGCGUGCCGCCGCCGCCGCCGCCGUCCCACCCGCCCGUCAGCAUGGGCAUGAAUUACCGCGUCCAGAACCAGGUCGUGUACCAGCAGGUCCAGGCGCAGGUGGCGCAGCAGGAGGGCCGAAACGAAUACCGCACGGGGCUGCAUCAGAGUGAGAUGAUUUAGAUGGCUGGUGGUGACAAGCGCCCAUACCUAGAGGAAAUAAAUGGUUGGGCUCGACAUCUGUUUACCUACAUACACACAUACAC